AUGUUGCUCAAAAUAAAAUAGACUUUUUUUUUUGUUACAAUAAAAUAGACCUUUUAUGAGUCCAAAAUCAGAAGUCUAAAAACAAAAAAAAAACAAAAAGUAUUGCACUAAAUUAUUUUUCUUUACAGACCUAUCAAACUAACCACUACGAAUUGAAGGUCCAAAUUAGUAUCGGGUUGUUUCCAAGCCCAAUCUCUCUCUCCUCCGUUAAACCCUAGAUCUCACUUCUGUCACUUUCCGAAGCUCGGUUCCGAGCUUCCGCAUCCGGCACGGCGGAGCAGUCAAGAUUCAGUUCACACACAGCUGGAGGACAUAUACUGACAGGAUGGCUACCCUUGAAGAAGGUGAAGUGGUAGUGACCCCUGAUGUAAAUGAUGAGUCAAUCAAUGCCGACGAGAUGGACGUCAUUAAAGAAGACAAAUUAGUGGUAACCUCUGAUGUAAAAAAACACAAGUCACACAGCAGUAGUACUGACUCGGAACCUAGUAAUGAUCUGGAAGAUUCGAAAAUUUUGUCUAACAAUAAUGUGGAAAAUUCCGAGUCACAACCUAAUGAAGAACUUUCUACAUAUGAAACCCAUGCUACUGGUGGUGAUGCAAAUGUGUUGGACAACACCAAAGCAUGUCAGAGCAGUGAUUUGGAGAAUUCUGAAUCACUACCUAACAACCAGGUAGCCAAUGCUGGUGCUCCAGAAGACACUCAGCCAAUUGAUUCGGAGGCAACACUUGACACGCCGAUGGACAACUCUGAAGCAGCACCUGGCGAUCAGCUUGUUGGUUCCGAAGCUACUCUUGACAAGAAGUCUUCCCCUGAGGCACUGCCAAGCAACCAGGUGCUUGAUUCUGAGGCCAUGCCAAACAAUGGUGUGGUUAAUUCUGAAAUGAAUAUAACUAAUGGGGAAACACAGCACAACAAUGAGUCGGUGGUUGUUUCUGAAACAAAGCUCAGCAAUGAGGACGUGGUUGUAUAUGAAGCACAACACAAUGAUGAAGAGGUAGUUUUAUCUGAAGCGCAAGACAUCAAUGAGGGAAUGAUUGCAUCUGAAACACCUUGCAAUGAUGAAGUGGUCAUGUCUGAAUCACAGAGCAGUGAGGUGGUCAUGUCUGACUCACAGCAGAGCAAUGAGGUGGUCAUAUCUGAUUCACAGCCAAGCAGUGAGGUGGUUUUUUAUGACACUCAACCCAGCAAUGAUGUGGUUGUGUUCGACACACAGCCCAACAAUGAGACUGUCAUGCAUGAAGCAGGAAUCAGUAAUGAUGCAGCUGUGUCUGACACACAACCCAACAAUGAGACUGUUAUGCAUGAGGGGCAUAUCAGCAAUGAGACUGGAAUGCACGAGGCACAAAUCAACAAUGAGACUGUAAUGCACAAUGACCAAAUCAGCGAUGUGAAUGUCAUGCACGAGGCCGAAAUCAGCAAUGACAUGGUUGCAUCUGAAGCUCGAACUGAGAACGAAUUGGCCAAUUCAACAAUAGAUCCCAACAAUCAGCUCUCCCAUCAAGAAAUUAUUGUUGACAAUCAUCAGUUUGCUGAUCACCAAAUGAUUCCUGAAGAUCAACUGCCUCACCCUGAGUCGCAGCCUAAUUCUGAAUCGCCGCAUAGCUCUGAACCACUGGCAGACAGUCAUAACACAGAUGUGGAACAAAUACCUCAUAAUCACUUGCAAGAAUAUGAUACGCUUCCCAACAGUCAUCUGGACCAUCAUGAGGCACUGGCCAACCAUCAGUUGGCUAACUCUGAAACACUGUCCCAUGAUCAGCUAGCCAAUUCCCAAAUGAUAACUCACUAUGACCUGGCAAAUAGUGAAACCCUUCACAACAAUCAGCUGAUCAGUUCUCAAGCCCACUAUGAGAUAGUCAAUGCUAAUAAUAUUCCCAGCUAUGAAAUAGUAAAUGCUGAAACUUCGCCAAACAAUGAAGAACACACCCCAGAGACACAGCCAAAUAAGAGGAGGAAAAAAAAGUCUAUAGUCUGGGAACACUUUACCAUAGAAGCAGUUAGUGCUGAAUGUAGAAGGGCAUGUUGCAAGCAAUGCAAACAAACUUUUGCCUACAGUACUGGCUCAAAAGUUGCCGGUACCAGCCACCUUAAACGGCACAUUUCCAAGGGGGCAUGUCCAGCUCUUCUUCGUAGUUUAGAUCCAGAUCAGUAUGGCCCAUAUACCCCGCGUUCAAGGGGUAGUGGUGCUGGCAAUACCAGUAAUACACCAAAACGACGUUAUAGAACCUCAGGCACACCUUACAUGAUUUUUGAUCAAGAUCGUUGUCGUGAUGAGAUUGCUAGGAUGAUCAUUAUGCAUGAUUACCCGCUUCACAUGGUUGAACAUCCAGGAUUUGUUGCAUUUGUCCAAAAUCUGCAACCCCAGUUCAACAUGGUGACCUUUAAUACUAUUCAAGGAGACUGUGUCGCAACUUACCUGGUGGAAAAGCAAAACCUUAUGAAGUAUUUUGAUGAAUUACCGGGACGUGUUGGUCUGACACUGGACAUGUGGACUUCAAGUCAGUCUGUAGGUUAUGUGUUUAUCACAGGACAUUUUGUUGAUAGUGAUUGGAAGUUGCAGAGGAGAAUUCUCAAUGUUGUGAUGGAACCAUUCCCUGAUUCUGACUCUGCUCUCAGCCAUGCUGUAUCUGUCUGCAUUUCUGAUUGGAAUUUGGAGGGAAGGCUUUUUACUAUUACUUGUAAUCAGCCACUGACUGAAGUUGCUCUUGAGAAUCUCAGACCUUUACUCUCUGUGAAGAAUCCACUUAUUUUCAAUGGUCAGUUGCUAAUUGGAAAUUGCAUUGCCCGUACUUUAAGCAAUAUUGCAUAUGAUUUGUUGAGCUCAGCACAUGGCGUUGUCAAUAAAAUUCGGGAAAGUGUGAAAUAUGUGAAGUCUUCGGAAUCACAUGAGGACAAAUUCCUGGAUCUUAAGCAGCAGCUUCAGGUACCCAGUGAAAGGAGCCUUUUUAUUGAUGACCAAACCAAAUGGAAUACAACAUAUCAAAUGUUGGUUGCAGCUUCUGAACUGAAGGAAGUGUUUUCGUGUUUAGACACUUCUGAUCCUGAUUACAAAGGAACCCCGUCUUUUCAAGAUUGGAAGCUUGUUGAGAUCCUUUGCACAUACUUGAAGCCUCUUUAUGAUGCAGCAAACAUUCUUAUGACAACAACUUAUCCCACUGCUAUUACAUUUUUUCAUGAAGUUUGGAAAUUACAUUUGGAUCUUGCUCGUGCUGUUACGAAUGAGGAUCCCUUCAUUAGCAACCUUACUAAACCCAUGCAUGAAAAGAUCGAUAAGUACUGGAGAAAUUGUAGUUUGGCUUUGGUGAUUGCUGUAGUUAUGGAUCCUCGUUUCAAGAUGAAGCUUGUUGAGUUCAGUUUCACAAAAAUCUAUGGUGAGGAUGCUCAUGUGUAUGUCAAGAUUGUUGAUGACGGAAUUCAUGAGCUGUUUGAUGAGUAUGCAACCCUUCCUCUUCCACUAACACCGGCAUAUGCGGAAGAAGGAAAUGCUGGAAGCAACAUGAAGGUGGAGGGAUCCCAAGGAGGAUCUUUGUUGUCAGACAAUGGUCUUACAGACUUUGAUGCCUACAUCAUGGAAACAUCUACGCAUCAGACGAAGUCUGAAUUGGAUCAAUAUCUGGAAGAAUCACUGUUGCCUCGAGUUCCAGACUUUGAUGUGUUAGGUUGGUGGAAGCUAAACAAACUUAAGUACCCCACACUCUCCAAGAUGGCCCGAGACAUAUUGGCUAUUCCAGUUUCUACCGUUCCUCCUGACUCUAUCUUUGAUAAAAAGAGCAAAGAGAUGGAUCAGUAUCGAAGUUCCUUGCGUCCGGAGACAGUGGAGGCACUUGUGUGUACCAAAGACUGGAUGCAAUAUGGAGCACCCGAAUCUUUGACUGCGCUUGUGAAAAUGGCAAUCUAGUUUUUUCUUUUAAUAAGGAAAUCUAAAAUUUAUGUUGUUGUACCCAGUAUGUUGACAGGUGCUGUUGUAUUUUACUUGUAGUUCUUAGUUCUCUUUUCGGCUAUAUAUAUUGUAACAUCUGAGUGAUUAUUUGGAUGAUUCGACUUGAAUUAAGAGUUUGUUAGAGCUCCUAAUAGAAUUCUCAUUCAGUUCA